AAAAUCAAAACUGCAAAUCAACCAACAGCGAGACACAUUUGGUUUACACUUUUAGUUUUAACAGUCAUAUUAACGUUAUUGGACAGGGGAUCUCUGGAUAAUCAACGAAUUACGGAUUAUCCAGAGAUCCCCUGACCGUUAUUCCUGCUGUAAGGACAUUUUCAUCGGUUAGUCACGUAACAUCACUUUCCUUUAAAAAUAUGCAAACCGUCUGACAAUCACGUGUCGCAAUCGGCAAACCAGCUUGGCGCCCUGAAAGCAGGCGAAUUGAUCACAGUCAAGACACUUGCAAUGGCAUUUUCAUUAAAUGUCCCACAAUGAAUGUAGCGAGCCAAUCACGGCCCCUCCUGCCCUGUCAAUCACUGCAUCAAGGCGGGACUCUGCAAAAGCACUUUCAGCCAAUCAGUGAGCUGUCAAAUGUCACGUGAUUUUCUUCCUCAUCGUUUCCUGUGGUGAGGUUUGGAUUGGAAAGCAGUUUUCGAGCAGGGUCAGCGGCGAUUCCCACGGACUCUCCGGUGAGAGAGAUCUGGACGAGGAGCCACAGAAGAGGAUCCAGGAGAAAACUGGAAAUUACGUUCAUACUGUGUUUGCUAACUAAGCAUAUCUGAUGCUAAACACAUCUAAGAGGAACUUUACUUGGAAAAAGCUUGCUUUGAUGCCAUUUCCCAUAAAUGUUAUCGCAACCUAAAACCGGAAAAAACCAGCAGAUCUGUCAUUAGGAGGAUCUUCUGUUGUGAGGGUUCGGAUGGGAGAAAACAUCACUCUGAACUGCAGCAUGAGGAACCGAGAUGAAGUCGCCUGGUAUCUUCUCAGAUCUGAUGAACUCGUUCUGCUAAUUUCUGGUGAGAAGGACAAAACCGGGAGAAAACUUCUGACCACUUACAAUCAGAACCGAGCUCGUAUGAAAAUGACAGCAGACAGUUGGGCCACCGGAGCCUCUUUAACUAUUACUGGAGUAACAGAAUCAGAUUCAGGACUUUAUUUCUAUGGAAUAAAGUCUGACUCUCCAGAGAUGCACUUCGACAAACCCAUCAGACUGGACAUUGAAGACUCUGUGCCCUGGUCUGUCGCUCUGCGGGACGGAGUGGUUCUGAAGGCUGUAGCUGUGGAUGUUUUCCUUCUGGUCCUCUUCAGUUUCCAGCACAGUGUAUUGGCCUGGGCUCCAGUUAAGAGUGUGUGUCAGCGAGUGUUUGGUGUGUUAAGCAGAACUGUGUACUGUUUCACCACCGCUGCAGCACUUCAGCUGCUGAUGCAGUUCUGGCAGCCGGUCACCGGCGCCCCCUGUCUGUGGUCAGUGCGCAGUGCACCCUGGGAUAUCUGGUUCCCGCUCCUCUGCUUCGUCAUACACUUCUUGUGCUGGGCCGUAAUCUGCAGCAUCCUCCUCAUCUUCGACUAUCCCGAGCUGAUGGGCCUCAAACAGGUGUAUUACGAGUGUCUGGGUCUGGGCGACCCGCUGCUGCUGAAGUCUGAGCGAGCGCAGCGCCUGUACUCUCACCUCAGACACCCGGUGUGUGUGGAGCUGCUGACGGUGCUGUGGCUCCUGCCGUCGCUGCCGCUGGACCGGCUGGUGUUAGCGCUGUUCCUGUCGCUGUAUCUGGCGCUCGCGCACUCGCUGGACGCGCAGGACUGUGUGUACCUGCGCCGGCAGCUCCAGAGCAAACUGCAGAUCUUCUCCACGCCACUAGAGGGCAGCGAGCGCAGCGCCAGCCACACACACAAGACUCAGUGAGGAGCGGAGCACACGAACGAAAUAUUACAGUAAUUUGUAAUUUAUUCCUGAAUUUAUCAUCACUGGAGGUCUUCAGUGUCACAUGAUCCUCCAGAAAUCACUCUAAUAUGAGGAUCUGAUGAUCAAG